AUCUGCUAUUCACCACUUUACAUUCAUCCACCACAUGCAAUUCUUCCCACAAACGUUGGAGCAGUUGGUCAAUAAGUAAACGUUUCUCUGUCGGUCAAGCAAGAGAAUGGAAUAUUCUCUUAAAGUUGCUCCAGGAUCGGUCAAGUGUUUCGACGGCCUUGGUGAAGGGGCCCACUGGGACGCCGAGAAGGAAGAACUCCUUUACGUCGAUUUAACCGGUCAAGCGGUUUUUCUCUAUGUGCCAAAAUCUAAGGAGUGCUACCGACUUCAAAUUGACGAUGGCUGGGUUCCCGCUGUCGUCCCUGUGCGCGGCGAAGCUCAAAAAUAUUUAAUCAGCAUCGGCAGAACGCUCAACGUAAUGGAGUGGGACGGGAUGUCAGAAAGGGCAGCAACUUUGAAAACUGUCCACACAGUUGACCAAGAUGCUCCGACAAUAAAUUGGUUAAACGAUGGAAAAUGUGACUCAUCAGGAAGAUUUUGGACAGGAACCAUUGGCCCCUAUAGUUUCGAAACUGGAAAAGCUGACCCCAACCUGGGAACUUUGUACUGUCUCGGAAACGAUGGAAAGUUAACAGGUCAUUUGAGUGGGAUCGAUUUUUCGAACGGGUUAACCUGGUCACCCGACAAUUGUACAAUGUACUACAACGAUUCGUAUUCUACAAAGUUGGCAGCAUUUGAUUUUGACGUAACGGAUGGAAGUUUAUUUAAAACUUUAACAAAUUUUCAGAAAUUUGUUUUUUUCAACAUAUACAUAUUUUUCAAUUAUUCCAAAAAAGGCAACCGUCGCAUCGUGUUCGACUUCGAAGCUAACAACACUGCAGGUUUUCCCGAUGGAAUGACAACUGAUUCUGAUGGGAAUUUAUGGAUUUCUAUGUUUAGUGGGGAAGGGGUAAUUAAAGUCGACCCGAAGGUAGGGAAGCAAAUUGGAUGUGUCAAAAUCCCAACGAAAAGAGCAACCUGCCCGACAUUUGGGGGUAAAAACUUGGAGAUUUUGUACGUCACGACCGCCGGUGCCUUUAUGCCGACGGAGAAAGCUUCGGACAUUGGACCGGAUGCGGGAGCUCUGUUCCAAGUGGAAAAUAUCGGUGUGAAAGGUUGCUCACAGGGAGGAGUGAGUUACGCUGGCAAUAAUUCUUUGCACGAUUUCGUUGCCAAAUCAGAAUAGGAUUUCAUAACAUGCAAAAUUUUCAAGUCAUGAAAUCGCAAGCAUGUUAAAAUUUUAAACUUUAUUGAUGAUGAAAAGUGAUGGAUUUAUUUUGCUGUAAAAAAAUUAAAAUUUCGAAAGCAUUGUCCAACAUACAUAUUUAGUUACAGUAGAUUUAAUUGGAUUGAUAAUUAAUCCUUAGAAACACUAAUUUCGCUCUUAAAUGGCUACCUCAAAAUCGGAUCAGAAAUUAAAUUACAUAAUGUAAUAUUGCAUAAAUCCAAAAAAUAAAUUAUGAUGAUUACCAAAACA